AUGACACAACAUAUAAAAUUAUCCUACGAUAUCUUACAAAAUGCAGAAUGCCUUCGAAAUACGUUUACACUUCGAGGGAAAGGCGAAGAUGCUUUAGGGACACACAAAAUUACAUUCCUAUUUAAACAGCGAUUUAAAAACAAUCUCAGACAAGACACUUUGAAAAGCACAACUCGCUUCCACUUAAGCAAAUCAUCUACAUUUUCCACACAUUCAGCGAUAUCGCACAUCAGACAUGUUUAUGAUCGCAUUUAA